UCUGUUUUCUUCCCAGAUGGAAAAAAUGGUGACCUCUGGAAAUAACAGCAAGGUCUACAACUUCAUUGAUUCAGAGUUUCGUUACACCCUCUUUCCAAUAUUCUACAGCCUGGUCUUUAUCUUUGGGUUGCUAGCCAACUGCUACGCUCUUUAUGUGCUGCACCAUAUGCGAGAGUCUAAAGCCAUGAAUGAGAUUCGAAUCUACAUGACCAACCUAACCGUUGCAGACCUGCUGUUUGUGUCUGCUUUACCGUUAUGGAUUGGCUACUACGUGAACAACGGUCACUGGGAUUACAAAGAUGUGCCCUGUCGUAUCACUGGCUCAUUUUUCUUCAUCAACACAUACUGCUCUAUUCUCUUCCUUACUGUCAUCAGCAUCAACCGUUACUGGGCCGUCACCAGGCCACUGGUGGCUGCUUCUUCUGACUGCUGGAAACGUGGAGUAAUCAUUUCAGCUUUUAUCUGGUGCCUCACUCUUUUAGCAUCAGUGAAUAAUCUGAUUGAUAACGGAAUCCCGAAGGAUAACAGCAGUAGCAUUUCUCGAUGUUUUGAGGGUUAUCAAAACGAAGAUUACUCUACUAAAUACACAAUGGCCGUCACGCACUUCAUCAUUAUUGGUUUGUUCUUUCUUGUUUUCUCGAUGGUGAUCAUCUGCAACAUCUCGAUCGCUCGAGCUCUUCUGUCUCAACCCAUCAGUCAGCCUCGAGCCAGCACAGGAAAGCGCCCUGGUGGUACUAAGCGCAGGGCUUUGAGGAUGCUGUGUGCUGUCAUAGGCGUCUUUGUGAUCUGUUUCCUGCCCCACCACGUGGUGCAGGGUCCCUGGGUGUUGUCUGUGCUGUACCUCAAGGAAGAUUGGAGUAUGGAAACGCGGCAAAAAAUUAACGAUGCUCACCAGAUCACCCUCAUGCUUAUGGGGUUCAACUGCCUGUUGGACCCGCUGGUGUAUUGCUUUGCCACCACAACGUUCCGCAAGUACAUCCAGAAUCAUUUCAAAAAUGUCAAGAAUAACAAACACUGCUCACGCAACACGUUAAGCACGGGUAUAUCACUGAAAAGCAGACAUCAGAGCGAGCUCUGAACAUUGAAGAAGAGCAGGAAACAGCUGUGAAAAAUCUGCUUGUUCUAAAUAGAAUUUUUUCCAGAGUUUUUUUCUUUUUCAAUUCCAAAUUAGGUUCUGUUUGGAUUCUUCAAAGGAUAGUUCACGCAAAAAAUUAAAGUGCUGUCAUAAUUUACUUACCCUCACGUUGUGACUUUUCUUUCUAUCUUUUAAAAGAUUUUAUUCAAUUUUUUUUUUUUAAAUCCUUCUGUUUUCCACAGAAGAAGUUGUGAGGCUGGGCAAAUGAUGAUAGAACUUUCAUUUUGAGGUGAACUGUUCCUUUAAAUGCAAUCAAAUGAUUGUCAUGAUUUUCAAAUGCUGCCUCUGCAGGCUUCACCUUCAAACUAAAGAGAAUUUCAAACUCUUCAAAUUAUUCAACACAUAUGAUAAAUGCCUUAUACACUGAAGUUUUUUCAGCCUUAUAUGUGACCCUUGACCACAAAACCAGUUAUAUGUAGCACGGGUAUAUUUGUAGCAAUAGCCAAAAUACAGUGUAUUGGUCAAAAUGUUUUAUUUCUCUUUUAUGCCAAAAAUCAUUAGGAUAUUAAGUAAAGAUCAUGUUCCAUGAAGAUAUUUUGUAAAUUUCCCACCAUAAAAAUAUCAAAACUUAAUUUUUAGUUAGUUAGAUUAGUAAUAUGCACUGUGAAGAACUUCAUUUGGACAACUUUAAAGGCAAUUUUCUCAAUAUAUUGUUUUUGCUUGCACCCUCAGAUUCCAGAUUUUCAAAUAGUUGUAUCUCGGCCAAACAUUGCCCUAUCCUAGUAAACCAUACAUCGGCUUUCAGAUGGUGUAUAAAUCUCAGUUUCAAAAAAUUGACAUUUACGGUUUUGUGGUCCACGGUCACAUAUUUGAUUCACUGUCAUAUGGUCUCUUAAGGCCAGGACACACCAAGGCGAUUUCAAAUAACUAGCAGCGAUGAAAGGUAACGGUGUUGAUACCUUGUGUCGGCAGCGUCUGGACCAAAAUGCUGCACUUCAACACACGACUCAGAAAACAGCCGACUGCAAACUUAACACAUGCGUUCUGCUCCUGCGUAAGGCAAAUUAACUGUCUUUAUCAGCAGCUUUCAAUAGUACAGUUGAGGUCAAAAGUUUACACCCUCCUUUCAGAAUCUGCUAAAUGUUAAAUUAUUUUACCAAAAUAAGAGGGGUCAUACAAACUGCAUGUUAUUGUUUAGUUAGUACAGAGCUGAAUAAGAAAUCUGACAUAAAGUUAAAGUUAAACUGCCUGCUGCUCUUCAGAAGAAUCCUUUAGGUCUAGGGUUGUGCAAAAAAUGGGAUGCAAUUAUUAUGCAUCUCGUCAGUAAUGCCGGUUCUGUGAUUAGUCGUAAAUUUCCAUCAAGUGCUAUCGGAUGGAGCAGCAUUUACUACACAGAGCCUGUGAAAUCAGAGGCGAUACAUAUCCUAUUUUGAACUCGAUAUUGCAAAGUUUGUCAGUGAACUAUGGUUUUGUGAAGUAAAUGCUGCUCCAUCUGACAAAUUAUUUGAUUUUCCAGCAUUUUUGUGUAUUUGAACCCUUUCCAAUAAUGACUGUAUGAUUUAGAGAUCCAUCUCUUCACACUGAGGACAACUGAGGGACUCAUAUGCAACUAUUACAGAAGGUUCAAACGCUCACUGAUGCUUCAGAAGGACACAGAAUGCAUUAAGGAGGGUGAAAACUUUUUGAAUUUGAAGAUCGGGGUAAAUUAACUUAUUUUGUUUUCUUGGAAACAUGUAACCAUCUUCCGUAGCCUCUGAAGGGCAGUACUAAGAGAAAAAUAUGAUAUUUAGGCAAAUAAGAAAAAUGUACACAUUUUCAUUCUGUUCAAAAGUUUUAACCCCCCAGCUCUUAAUGCAUAACUUUUCCUUCUGGAGCAUCAGUGAGCAUUUGAACGUUCUGUAAUAGUACUAAAUAAACAAUAACAUGCAUUUUGUAUGAUCCCUCUUAUUUUGGCAAAAUAGUUAACAUUUUGCAGAUUCUGGAAGGAGGAUGUAAACUUUUGACUUCAACUCUAUUUAUUCGUCAUUCAAAAGGAGAACCCGAAUCAAGAAUAUAUACGAGAUAUACGCAGAUAUACGAAACAUAAAGCAGCAUUUGCUUACUAUUUUGAAUAUCUGUGAUGUUAUUAACAUUCAUUAAUAUUCAUUUUAAGUGGCUCAUGUUGUUAUGAAAAUAUAUUAUCAUUUAUAAUGUAUUAUCUAAUGCUUGGGUAAGAUCACAUAACAUUUGAACAGUGUUUAUUUAGUUGCUCAUUUACAUUACUUAAAUUCUCGGACUCGUUCUCAUUCUCGCUGACCGCCCUGAUACCAAUUCAACAUGUUGAAUCAUGCAAACUGCCUCUGCAGUAAACCCGACGAGAGCCAACGUGUGGAACAUACCAAACAAACUAGGCCAAAAGAUGCUCGGCGACAUUGGCGAAGGGCCAGCUGUCGACUUGGUGUAUCUUAGCUUUUAAAGAAAUAAUUCAUCAAAAUAGAAACGUGCAUGCUUUUCUUCUGUGGAACAAGAUAUAGUGAUGACAAUAUUUAUUUUUGGAUAAAUUGUGGCUUUAAAUGUUUGCACUUGUGCUUUUGUUUUGCACUCGAAUGUCUAUGUAGGUUAAGCAAACCCAUUUUCUGUAUAAAGAUUCUCAUUCUUGACAAGAUGUUGAUGUGUUAAGAAUAACAAAAACAUAAUCUUAUAUCAGUAGACAGUCCUCUUCUCUAGAAAUUAGGCAACAAAUGAGUAAAGAGGAUGCUGGUGGUUGAUCUGACCAAAGUGAGAAGUGAUAAGAACAGAAGAUAGUGUUAGUUUAGUUUUUUUUUUUUUUUAGACAUAAAGCAGAUGGCAGAAGCUACCCAUUUCCUGUGAUACUAGAGCUUAACUGUCCAUCUUAAAAAGGUUGUUGUACUGCCUUGCUUGUUUUUUAGUAAUUUUUAUGAGGAGCAUUCCUGUGAGCUAGUUCUUAUGCCACACAGGAAAUUUAUGUAUUCUUUUGCAAUGUCUUGUUUUCCAAAAUGGGGAACUUGAAUUGCACGCACACCCUGAAAAUGUGCACUUCACAACUUAAAAUGAUCAACAAAUAGUACUGUACUUGAUCUAGAAUUAUUUUUCCCGAUGGGCACUGGAUGUGCUGUGUUGUUCUCAGAAAGGGUACUGUAAGUUGUUAUCUGUUGUAUAGUUUACAUGUAAUGCUUUGCAAAACCAGACUUGUAUAUAAAAAGUGUAUUUAAAUUCCCAGUAAUGUCUUGCCAUUUUUAUUGUUUAAAACAGAAUGUAUAUGAGCUGUUUCAUGUUUUAUGCUGGUCCUUUAGACAGUUAUUCAAUGUUUAAUGUUUGUUUCCUUUAUUUCCUCAUGGCAGUAAGACAUUUUAAAAUAGCAUAUUGGUUGUACGCCAGUCACUUCUUAUGAAUCUUUCUCAGUAAUUAACUUCUGCAUUAAGCAGGAAGUUUUGCAAAAGGGUGUCAUGUACACUUCUAUUUUUAAAGGUAGUACAAUUGUCAUUUGUGUGCCCUCAAGCUGUUGCAAUCCUGUGUGAAUUUCUUCUGAGAAACAUAAAGGAGAUGCUAUGCAGAAGGUUAGGGGCUUUUUUGUUCAUUUAGUGAAAAUGAAUUGUGACCUUUAAUGCUGCAAAGAAGAAGAGCAGAGUGAGUGAAGGAAGGACAGCUGCAGAUGCUACUCUAAUACAGCAACUGUUUUUAUAUUUCAAUAUAAAAACAAUGUGUACAGUAUAUUUCAAAUGAUCAUUGAUGUUUGCUCAUGAAAUAAGGCUUUGUAUGUCACGUAAAGCUAAAUUGCACUGGAAAGGCUGAAAAACAAUAAUAAAAACACUGAACUGUA